CAGAUGAGAGAGGAGCAGCGUAGGACGCGUCCACUUUCUCCAUGACCAAGUCAGUGUCCAGCCAGCUGCUUCCUUCCUGCCUAAACUGACCGCUAUGACGUCUACACCAGACCUACGCUUUGUAAAGGGCGAUGGACUCGAAGAUCAGCUGGGGACCAUGCCCACCUACUUCAGUCGCAGCCCCCGUCGUGCUGCCUCCCCUGUCCUCGCGCCCACCCAAUCUCCCCUACUGCCUCAACCGUCCAGAUCCCAGAAAUCUCGGCGAUGGUCACUGGAUAUUAUCUCGCCGAUGCGUUUUCUACACACCUCCUCCAAACGAGCGUCCUCGCCCGUGAUCGAAGCGAGCCCGAACCCGAGCCCGAGCCCGAGCCCGAGUCCUCGGAGUAAUGAUCGUAGACAGCAACCGCCGCCUCUCCUUCUUACUGCUUCUCAUAAUAUGAGGCGGCACUCGAACCCGAGCCUUCUGCCGAAUUUCAAGCCGAAACAGCUUCAACUACACCAGCAGAAGCAGCAACGGCAGCAGCAAAGACAUCAUCAUUAUCAUUUACCCAGAUUUCGUCGGAAUAGUCACAAAAAGGAAGAGGCGUACAUGUUAGUGGAGUUGGAGAAUGACCAGAAAGUUCUGGU